UCGCCGAUGCAUCCGAGGCACUUCUUCUACCCUACUACUUCCUCAACCUUCGCCAAUCUCAUACGUAAUCAAACUCGUGUGUUCACCUCUGACGCGCCAUGCAACCGAGUCUCUCUCUACCUCCAGCGCUCUAGACUCAUCGAUUCAUUUCGACUCGGCCUUCGAUCUAAAUCGCCUGCCGCGCUUCUCACUCUUUUGAAAAAUCCCUCUCUCGACUCCUUCGUCGUCACUCACGCCCUCCGUUCCGCUCCCUCACCGGACUUGGCCCUCUCUCUUGUCGAAACUUUAAACUCUCUCCCGAAUUUCACACACACCCAAACUACCCUUCACGCAAUUGCCAAAAUCCUCGCCAAGUCCGGCCGAAGUGUAGAGCUCCAGAGCCUAAUCGACGAUAUUAAUGCUGGCAAAUUCACGAAUGUUGCCCGAAUCAGUUACAUGGACCGUCUGCGGUGGCAUGCCGCCGCCGCCGACCUGGACUCAGCGGUUCGAGUCUGGAACGAGUUCAAGCUCGCCCUUCCCGGGGGCAAGAAGCAUCCCUGUACCGAGUCUUAUAAUCUUCUCAUGAGUCUUUACGCACAGAAAGGUAAGCACUUGGAGGCCGUACAAAUGUUCUCUCGGAUGAUUAGUGAAGGGGCAAACCCUAAUUCGAGGACUUACACGGUUAUGAUCGAGCAUCUUGCUAAUUCCGGUAAAUUGGACUCGGCGGAGGAAGUUUUCAAGAGAUUGCCGUCAAUGAGGGUUAAACGCACGUCGAGGCAAUAUUCUGUUUUGGCGCAAAGCUUCAUCCUUGUCAAGCGGUUCGACGAAGUUAAGGAGUUGCUCAAGGAAAUGCGUAUGGAUGGAAUUUUGCCUGGUCGAACUAUGCAAUUGUCGUUGAAAUGUAUGCAGGACGCAGGCUAUCUCGAGGAAACAGAAGAAUUUAUUAGGGAACUAUCGCCAGACGAAAGAAUUGGACGUGUAGGGUUUUAUAUGGAUGAUAGCGACAAUGACGAGGAUGGAGAUGAUGAUGAUAAUAGUGGAGAAGCUGAUGGAGAUGGGAUUCAGUUGAAACCAUGGUUGGAUCCCAGUGCCCUGGCUAGUGCAUUGAGUGAUUGGAAACCUGGCGAGGUUUCGGCAUUGGAGGCUGCAAAUUUUGUGUGGACAACGAGGUUAGUAUGCAAGAUACUUAGAAAUUUCAAGAGAGUAGAGACAGCAUGGCACUUUUUCUGUUGGGUUGCUUGCCAACCAGAAAAUUUCACUCAUGAUGUCUAUACUGUGUCGAGGAUGAUUACCAUUUUAGCACGCCAUGGGCAUGUCGAGUUGGUUGAUCAGCUCAUCUCUAAGGUCAAAAGAGAGGGAAUUCGUUUACCAUUCAGCACUGUGAGAUUGAUCAUUGACUUCUAUGGCAUUUCAAAGAAAGCUGAUGCUGCUCUGAAAGUCUUCCGAAACGCUGAACUAGUUUGUGGCUCAUUAUCAAAAUUUAAAUUAAUGCUUUUGUAUUCUUCUCUUUUAUGGACUUUGACCAAGUGUCUGAGGAGUUCGGAAGCCAUGGAUUUACUUGAAGAGAUGAUAUUAUCAGGGACUCUACCAGAUAUCCAGACAUUUUGUGGGCUGAUGCAGUACUUUGCGCUUGAAGGGGAUUUGAGAACAGUACAUAGGUUGUUUGGGAUGGUCAGACAAAGUGGUUUGGAGCUUGAUGCUUAUAUGUUUCAGAUUCUGAUCCGUGCUUACUGUAAGUGUGAGAAGGCGGCCAUUGCUUUGAGGGUUUUUGAAGACAUGAGGAGCUUGAAUUUGAUGCCUGAUGUUUUCACAAAAGCAUUACUUGUGAAGAGUCUCUGGAGGGAAGGGAAACUGAGAGAGGCUGCACUUGUGGAAGAGAGAAGUGAGGAGAUAAAUGACAUUCUUCCUUCUGCAUUGCCUGGUCAUGUAUGGACAGUGAGUUCAGCUGAUCUAACAAAAGUUUACAACCUUUACUCCGAUGCAUUUGCAAAAAAUGGUGAUUAGAGUUGUAAGGAGCCUCGUGGAGUGCUUUUUGAUUACUGUUUAUUUGCCCUCAGAGCCCAGCAGUGUUAUUUAUGAAAUGUGACAUUAUUCUGGAUUAAAGCAGAGAAAGAUGGAUAUGCAAAAUGUCAAGCUGUCAGGAGAGAUUUUCUGUAUGGCAGCACAACCUCAGUACAGCAUACCACAUUGUAUUUUGGAGGAGGUUGGUCGUCAAUGCCAUUAUUUAGUCUAUAUUCAUAAACAUGGUAAGUCAGCGUACCUGGCUAUUGAAGUCACUGCUUUGAUUAUUCUUCAAGGUUUCCCUAAACCUACAGUUUUUCUGGAAGACCCAUUGGUAACAUUUAGAUCAGUAGUUUUUUUGGAGUGGGGUGGGGUGAGAUGAUUUAAGAAAUACAUCAAUCACAUUUAACUUCCCAAAAAAGUCCAUAAUUAAGGAGAUUCAAUCCUGGGAAGAGGCCACCAGGUGUCAUAAGAAACAUAAUAGAAAUGUUAUCAGGCAUAUAACUAGAUGAAUUCAAAGAGAGAUUUUGUCAAUUCAUUGAUCCCCAACAAUUUGUCUGAUUUUUUCUGCCUUUACCAAGAUGUGGCACCAAGUUUCUCAAAUUAGAAUGCAAUUGGCAAUGGAUUAUAGCUGAGGAUUGUUAUAGAGGACAUCAAUGGACAGUUGAGCAAGAAAGCAGAAUUCUUGCAUCUAAGACAGCUGAUCACUCCUGGUCACACUGCUUUGUUGAACUUCUGUCUGGAGAUACAGAAGUGGCACGUACAAAAAUGGUUUAGAUUCAGCUGAUCUUAGGAUCCCAUGAUUUAGAAUCACAAGCUACAGAAGUGGUUCCAGAGUUUGAGUUUUUACCCUUAGAAACUUCUCUUGAAAUUUGUUUUUCUUGACUACUUUUAUCUAUUCAUGGAAAGCAAUAUCAAGUUAAGAUGGCUACUACUCAGCGGCCAUUGCUUGAUGCAGUGGUAAAAUCUUGGGCUGACAAGCUGGUAAGACUUGGAACCCAGACUUGAUUCAGAGUUUGUUGCCAAGCUGGUAAGCUUGUGUUUGUAAGGAUGUUUUGCUCUAUAAAGUGAGUUUUCUCCCCUUUUAAUUCUUGAGUGAGGAAGAGGUUGGUAAUUGCAAAGAUGUGUAGGUCGAGUUCCAACAGAAAAUACUUAUUGAAGUUUGACUA